AUGUUCCGCGCAGCAGUACGGUCGACGCCUCGGGCGUUGCGACAGCCCUCCACGAUCGCCUCCGCCGGCCGAAGAUUCGCAAGCACAGCCCCCGCAGACAAGAAGUACACAUGGAAGGGCACGGCGGCAAGAUGGGGCCUGGCAGUAGGCGCCCUGUACUGGUACAACACAAGCCCCAUGUUCGCAGACGAGCUGCCUUCUCGGCUAUCCAAUGAACCACCCCAAUUCGCCGAGUCAGACCUCCAGACCGUGGACGCGAUCGUCGAGGAGAAGCGAAAACAACUAGACGCGAAGCUGAAGGCCAGGGAAGCGAAAGCCACCAAGCAGGCCGAGGCAGCGAACAGCGCGACACCACAGCAGACACCACCACCACCCACCGACAAGACCGCCGCCGCCGCCGGCUCGCCCGAGGAGGCCGAGAAGACUCCGGAGCAGCUCGAGGAGGAGGCCGGCCAGCAGGGCGCCUUCAACCCGGAGACGGGCGAGAUCAACUUCGACUGCCCCUGCCUGGGCGGCAUGGCCCACGGGCCCUGCGGGGAGGAGUUCAAGGCCGCCUUCAGCUGCUUCGUGUACUCGGACCAGGAGCCCAAGGGCAUAGAAUGCGUUGACAAGUUCCAGCACAUGCAGGACUGCUUCCGCAAGUACCCGGACGUCUACGGCGCCGAGAUAGCAGACGAGGAGGCCGCCGAGCACGAGGCCGAGCAGCUCGCCCUCGACACGCCCACCCCGCCCGCGGACGCCCCGCCAAAGACGGAACGGAACAUGGCGGCGACCCCGGCCGACACCGCCGAGAAGCCCACCGCCCCCGCGGCUGCGACCAGGACGGAGCCGUCGCACCAUGAGGCGCCCGGCGACAGCAAGUCGCCUGUCUCUGCCCCUUCGUCAUCGUCUGUUGCUAAGACCGACAAGAAGAGUGACGCGGACGCUGCGGCGGGACCCAUCAGUGAGGUGCGCGGCGUGCCGGAGAAGGCUUUCGACGCGACGGGGGCCAACAACACGCAGUCAAAGUAG